GCGUAGUGCUGUUGGUGAAUAGCCGCUGCUACGUUUACGGGCGGGGGAGAGAAAGCCGCAGAAGGAGUCAGCAGUGGCGGGGCAGCGCUAGUUCAGAGUCAGUCUCGUAGAUUUAGGAGUAUUACGUGUAUCAACGGACCCCUCACGAAAACAAAAGGGAAAGGAAGGGGGAAAGGUGCAAGAAAGAUGGCGGCGGCCGCGGCCUCGCCGGGCUCCGGUUCGUCAACCACCUCAGACUGGAUUGUGCUGAGAGACGGCUGCCUGCGCUGCGACGAGGAGGGCCUGCGGAGCCUUUCCUACCACCCGGCCCUCAACGCUAUCUUGGCUGUGACCAGCCGUGGCAGCAUAAAAGUUAUUGACGGCACUUCGGGGGCCAUCCUGCAGGCUUCGGCGUUGCAUGCUAAACCUGGUGGGCGUGUCAGAUGCCAAUACUUUCCCGCUGUGGACAAGGUGCUUUUUGUGGACGACUACGCGGUGGGAUGCAGGAAGGACUUGAACGGCAUUCUGCUCCUUGACACAGCCCUCCAGCCUCCAGUGAGCAAACCGGAGGACAUGGUCCAGCUGGAGCUCCCGGUCACGGAGGCUCAACAGAUGCUGUCAGCCUGUCAAGAGAAGAUUGAUGUGUCCAACACUGAGGGUUAUGAACUCUUCAUCACACAGCUCAGAGAAGGCCUGAAGAACACCUCUCACGAGACGGCAGCAAAUCACAAAGUUGCCAAGUGGGCGACAGUGACGUUCCACCUCCCCCAUCACUUGCUAAAGCUAAUGGCGGGUGCCAUUGUUGGCGAGCUCAAGAAAAUCAACCAGAACGUGGCGGCGGUGUCCGUGGCCUCGUCCAUUAUGGACAGGCUUUCCUACCUGUUGUCCAGCGCCAGGCCAGAGCUGGGGUUGGGCCCUGGACGCUCUGUGGACAGAUCCUUGAUGUACAGUGAGGCCAACAGGCGGGAGACGUUCACAUCAUGGCCACAUGCCGGGUACAGGUGGGCUCAGCCUGAUCCAAUGGCUCAGGCGGGGUUUUACCACCAGCCAGCGUCAACGGGGGAUGACAGAGCCAUGUGUUUCACCUGCAGUGUGUGUUUGGUCUGCUGGGAGCCCACAGAUGAGCCCUGGUCCGAACACGAGAGGCAUUCUCCCAACUGUCCCUUUGUAAAGGGAGAGCACACCCAGAAUGUGCCUCUGUCAGUGACCCUGGCAACCAGCCCGGCGCAGUUUCCCAACAGUUCUGACAGCUCGGACAAGAUUGCUUGCUAUGGCUUCGGCAGUUGUCCACAAUUCCUGGCUGCUGCCACUAAGCGGGGCAAGAUCUGCAUUUGGGAUGUCUCCAAAUUGAUGAAGGUGUAUUUAAAGUUCGAUGUCAACCCCUAUGACCCGGUCAUAUUGAGGCAGUUGAUCCUGUGCAGCAUUGAGCAGGGUUUGACGUUGACGGAGUCACAGAGACCAACACUGAACUGGUUAGAGGAGUCAUCUUCCUGCUCUGACCUGCCCAAGCUCGAGGGGGACAGUGACGAUCAGCUGGAGGAUUCAGACGGUGAGGAGCAUUCCCGAUUAGAAUCCGGUACAGGCCAGCCUUCCCAGUGGGAGAGUACAGAUGUGAGUCUGGGGGUGACGGCACUGAGCGUGCUCCAGCAGCCAGAAAAACUCCAGUGGGAGGUGGUGGCGAGUGUGUUGGAGGACACGGUGAAGGACCUGGAGGAGCUGGGUGCAAACCCGUCAGUAAACCAAACCAAGGCCCACAGCCAUGCUAAAACAAAAGACAAGGUCCCUGACCACCAUAACAUUCCCUUUCCCUGCCUGCUGGCUGGAGGCCUCCUUAGUUAUUGCUCUGCUUCCAGCAGCCCUGUGGCUGGUGGUUCAGCCACAGCACCAACAUCAAUGCGGAGGACCUCAGGAGGUCCACUCAGAACUCAGGGCCCCGAGCCUUUCCUCGGACCUCUGCAGGAGCAGGCUCCCAUGGAGAUUGAAUCAUGUAACCUUCAGACUGCAGCCCAGGAGCAGGGCUUCUCUAACCCGACCGGGCCUCAGGCUGCGAACCCUUCCUCCUUGGCCCCUGUGCGCAGGACUAUGCCUGUGCUGCUGCUGUACAGCAUCAGAGAGGUAGAUGACAAAUCCUCAGGACAGAUGUUCACUCAGAUGAACAGCCUGAUGAGCAAAGGGCUGCACGAGGAGGGCUUCACUGUGCCUCAGAUCAUCGAGAUGGAAUUCGACACGCACGAGCAGCUGCUUCUUCAGGAUCCUCCCAUCACCUACAUUCAACAGUUUGCUGAUACGGCGACUAAUCUGGGGGGGUUGGACGGUCAUGUGAACAAAUGGAACACACUGGGGACAGCAGCGGUUAACAGCCCGCCUCGACCUGGAGCGCUGGUGCAAUGCCUAAGACUACCCAAACAGCUGGAAGAUCAGAAUCUUUUUGUGGACUCCAUCACGCCGUGCUGGGACGGACUUCACGUUCUGGUUGGGCUGCAGCCCUGUUGCUCCGAGUCUCUUAGUGCUACAAACCAGGUCGAGGCUCUCAACAAUCUAAACCGCUUACACUCGGCUCUAUGCAGCCAGCGCAAGGGAGACUCCCUUCAAUCAGUGGCUAAUGGCGUAGAGGGCCGACACACCGGGGCGUCACCGCCUCAGACUCCUCUCAUCUUACCCCCAGGAGACAAGCAGCAGCAGCAGCAGCACCAGCAACAACACAAGUCUCAGAGCAGUGAAAGCGGAGGAGGUUACCUUGCACUCUACAAGCUCAACUACUCAACCCGCAUUGUCACUUUGAAGGAGGAGCCCAUCAAGGUGCAGCAGAUCAGGGACCCAUCUGAUGCCAUAACCUCUCUGAUACUGCUGCCCCCAGAUGUGCUGGACAGCAGGGAGGACGACAGUGAGGAGACUCCAGAGGAACCUCCCCCCUCAGUCCAAAAAAACGGUUUGUCUGGGCUCGAAACUGCUCCGGCGGGCUCUGCUGGGUCUGGAACUGCAGCUCCAUGUGGAGCAACCACACCCAUCAGCAGUGCUUCCGUCACCAGUCCCUCCACCUCUGCCCCCGGCCACAAAGACUGCAAGCGAGCAGAGGUGGCUGGCCUGGGCCACCUGGUGGUCACCACACAGGCCGGGUAUAUUAUGAUACUGGACCUGUCCACAUUGGAGGUACUCGCCAAGGUGGAACCGCAUAAAAAGGAGGGGGCACCUGAGGAAACGGACCCCUUUGUCUCAGUUACAUAUUGCUCUGGGACUGACCGCCUUUGUGCCUGCACUAAAGGUGGAGAACUUCAUUUCCUUCAAAUUGGAGGUGUGUGUGACGAUGUAGAUGAUGGAGACAUGUUUAUCGAUGGCCCCCUUUUUAAAGGGGCUGAACUGCUUUCUGAUGGGGCCAAGCCCUCCUCCAACCCCUCCAGCCCUGGAGUCUCAGGAGUGGAGCUUCUCGUGGACCAAUCGCUGACCACAGAGAGUCUCAUGUCUUUGGUUGAGUUGACACGCUUUGAAACGCUGACCCCCCGCUUCUCAGCCACUGUGCCGCCGUGCUGGGUGGAGGUGCAGCAGGAGCAGCAGCAGCGGCGGCACCCACAGCAUCUCCACCAGCAGCAUCAUGGGGAUGCAGCUCAGCACACCAGAACCUGGAAGCUGCAGAGUGAAAGCUCCAGUUGGGAUGAGCAUGUGUUUGAGCUGGUCCUUCCCAAGGCAUGCAUGGUGGGCCAUGUGGACUUCAAGUUUGUCCUUAAUGCCAACAUCACCAACAUUCCUCAGAUUCAGGUCACUUUACUAAAGAACAAAGCUCCAGGCCUGGGCAAAGUCAGUGAGACACCUGUAGACAGACAAAUCUCCUUUCCUCUGUCGAACAUCCUCCAUGCCAAUGGGGAGAAGAACGGCCAACCCCUGCUGCAGGAUUUUACAGAGGACAUCCAGUUCAUGGACAUUGAGGAGACCUCCGGCUCGGUACUGUGUCCAUUCCUUGAAGAUCACAAGGAGGAUAUUUUGUGUGGUCCAGUUUGGCUGGCCAGUGGGCUAGACCUCUCCGGUCACUCUGGCAUGCUCAGCCUCACCAGCCCCAAACUGGUCAAAGGCAUAGCAGGAGGGAAGUAUCGUUCCUUCCUGGUUCACAUCAAAGCGGUCAGCGAGGGUGCAAUGGAGGAGAGCCCGAGGCCCGUGGUGCGGAUACCCAGUGUGAAACCUCACAGCUCAAAAGCACACUCUCUGACCACGCUGCUGCAGCGCGCUCAGGCCUCCAAGGAAAAGAUGUCUGCAGGGAAAACGGAGGCUUCAGCUCAGUCCAAAAAAGUGGAGAAUCUGCGAGGCUGUGACCUGCUGCAGGAAGUUUCAGUAACAAUCAGAAGGUUCAAGAAGACGUCCAUCCCAAAAGAAAGGGUUCAGCGAUGUGCCAUGCUGCAGUUCCAAGACUUCCACGAGAAGCUGCUUGAUGGGCUGUGUCGGCGAACAGAGGGCAGCGUGGCUUCUGAGCAUGCUCAGAGCCUUAUCCUGGACAUCUUGUGUUGGCUGGCUGGGGUUUUCUCCAACGGGCCCUGCAGCUUGAGAGAAGGAAAAGAGGGCCUGCUGGUGAAGACUCGGAUGAGGCUAACAGAGAUUGUGCGGAUGUGUUUCUUUGAAGCUGGCCGCAGCAUAGCACACAAGUGUGCACGCUUUCUUGCACUUUGUAUAAGCAAUGGAAAAGGGGAGCCGAGUCAGCAGGGGUUCAGCAUGAGCCUGCUGAAAGCUCUGUUGGAUAACAUGCCUUACUUGCCUGCUGCCGCAACAGGCGGUGCUGUGUUUUGGUACUUCGUACUGCUGAACUACGUGAAGGAGGAGGACUUGGCGGCGUGCAGCACUUCCUGUGCCUCUCUGCUUACAGCAAUCUCUCGGCAGCUGCAGGACCGCCUCACACCACUGGAGGCACUGUUGCAGACCAGGUACGGUUUGUACAGCUCUCCGUUUGACCCGGUGCUCUUCGACCUGGAGGUCAGUGGAUCCUCCUGUAAGAAUGCCUUCAACAGCAGCAUCGGAGUUCAGUCAGAUGAGAUUGAUCUUUCUGACAUCCUCUCAGGGAACGGUAAGGUGAGCAGCUGUGCAGCAGCAGAGGGCAGCUUCACAGCAUUAACUGGACUCCUGGAGGUUGAACCUUUGCACUUUACUUGCAUCUCCACCAGUGAUGGCACACGGGUGGAAAGAGACGACGCCAGCAUGUUCACUGUGAGUACAUUUGGUGUGACCCCCACGGUUGGCGGCCUCUCGACUGGCACGGUUGGUGAGGCCUCAACAGCUCUGAGCUCCGCGGCUCAGGUGGCCCUUCAGUCGCUGUCUCAUGCCAUGGUGUCAGCUGAGCAGCAGCUGCAGGUCCUGCAGGAUAAACAGCAGCAGCUGCUAAAGCUGCAACAGCAGAAGGCCAAGCUAGAAGCCAAGCUGCAUCAGACCACCUCUGCAGCUGCAGCUGUGGCCUCUGGAGUGCCCAUACACAACUCUGUGCCUUCCAAUGCCUCAUCUGCUCCGGGCUUCUUCAUUCAUCCCUCCGAUGUCAUCCCGCCCACACCCAAAACCACGCCUCUUUUCAUGACUCCUCCCCUCACACCUCCCAAUGAGGCCGUGUCGGCAGCCUUCAGUGCCGAGCUGGCGCACCUGUUCCCCGGCUCUAUGAUGGAUACGGGACCGGUCAACCUGUCUGCACACAAGAACACACACAAGUCCAAACCGAGUCCCAUGGGCAGUGGGCUGGCUCUGGCCAUUUCCCAGGCGUCUCACUUCCUGCAGCCGCCUCCUCAUCAGUCCAUCAUCAUCGAGCGGAUGCAUUCUGGAGCUCGCCGCUUUGUCACGCUGGACUUUGGCCAUCCAGUCCUGUUGACAGACGCUCUAAUCCCGACCUGCAGCGACCUAGCCUCUUUGUCUAUAGACAUCUGGACGCUGGGCGAGGAGGUGGACGGCCGCCGGCUGGUGGUGGCAACUGACAUCAGUACCCAUUCACUCAUUCUGCACAACCUGCUGCCGCCACCUGUCUGCAGAUUUAUGAAGAUCACUGUGAUUGGCCGCUAUGGCAGCACCAACGCGCGGGCUAAGAUCCCCCUGGGCUUUUAUUACGGCCACACUUACAUCCUGCCGUGGGAGAGCGAACUGAAGCUCAUGCAUGAUCCUCUGCGGGGAGAAAGUGAAGGUGCCAGUCAGCCCGAUGUUGACCAGCAUCUGUCCAUGAUGGUGGCGCUGCAGGAGGACAUACAGUGCAGGUACAAUCUGGCCUGUCAUCGGCUGGAAACCCUUCUUCAGAACAUCGACCUGCCGCCUCUGAACAGUGCCAACAACGCCCAGUAUUUCCUGCGAAAGCCAGAUAAGGUGGUGGAGGAAGACCAGCGCGUUUUCUCCGCCUAUCAGGACUGCAUCCAACUGCAGCUCCAGCUUAACCUGGCUCACCACGCGGUCCAGCGGCUGCGAGUGUCGCUGGGCGCCAGCCGCAAAUCCCUUCUCACCUCAGGCUCCCCUGGGGCUCAGGAUCUGGUUCACAACUCUUCCACAGAGCAGCUGAGAACCAUCAUUCGUUACCUGCUGGAUACGCUGCUCAGCCUGCUGCACUCCAACAACGGACACUCUGUGCCGUCGGUUCUCCAGAGCACCUUCCACGCCCAGGCCUGUGAAGAGCUUUUCAAGCACCUGUGCAUCAGUGGGACGCCCAAGAUCCGUCUCCAUGCCGGCCUGCUGCUGGUGCAGCUCUGUGGAGGCGAGCAUUGGUGGGGCCAGUUCCUCUCUAAUGUUCUGCAGGAGCUCUACAACUCAGAACAGCUACUCAUUUUUCCUCAGGACAGGGUGUUCAUGCUCCUGUCCUGCAUUGGCCAAAGAUCCCUAAGCAACAGCGGAGUGUUGGAGGGCCUGCUGAACUUACUGGACAGCUUGCUGAACCCACUGCAGCAGCCACAGGCGGUGGUCCAGCCCAGGACUGAAGGUGUUCUGGACAUCCCCAUGAUUAGCUGGGUGAUGAUGCUGGUUUCCAGGCUGCUGGAUUCUGUGUCCACCAUAGAAGAUGAGGCCUCAGGCGGCAAGAAGAACCUUGCAGGGAAAGAAAGGGAAAGACCUGGAUCAGGGAGCCAGUGGAGCUUCAUCAAUAACAACCUCCAGACCCAAAACCCCACCAGAGCUGCUAAAGGCAGCAGCAGCUUAGAUCGCCUCUACUCUCGCAAGAUCCGCAAACAGCUCGUCCACCACAAGCAGCAGUUAAAUCUCCUAAAAGUAAAACAGAAAGCUCUGGUCGAGCAGAUCGAGAAGGAGAAGAUCCAGAGCAACAAGGGCUCCUCUUACAAGCUGCUGGUGGAACAAGCCAAACUCAAACAAGCCACUUCAAAGCACUUUAAGGACCUGAUCCGUCUGCGGCGGACAGCGGAAUGGCCUCGCUCCACAUUGGAUGCAGAGUCCACAACAGCCAAAGAAGCCCCAGAAGUGGAGCCUCUGCCCUUCACCCUGUCCCACGAGCGCUGCAUCUCCGUGGUGCAGAAGCUUGCCCUCUUCCUGCUCUCCAUGGACUUCACCUGCCAUGCCGACCUGCUGCUGUUUGUCUGCAAGGUUCUGGCUCGGAUAGCCAACGCCACCAGACCCACCAUCCACCUGUGUGAGGUGGUGUCCGAGCAGCAGCUGGAGCGACUGCUGCUGCUGCUGGUUGGAACAGACUUCAACCGGGGAGACAUUUCUUGGGGAGGCGCAUGGGCUCAGUACUCCCUCACAUGCAUGCUGCAGGACAUCAUGGCAGGGGAGCUGCUGACUCCGAGCUCUCUGGAUGCGAUAGACGAGGUCGUUGGAGUAGGCGAAGAGGCUGCAGCAGCUUCUUCUUCCUCCUCCUCCUCCGCUGCAGCGGAUUCAGACGAGUCCCUGCUGCAGUCGGUCCCGUUGGUGGAGAGCAUCGACGAAGCCCUAGUGCCUGAUAUCAUCGCAGGUACAGCAGGGGCCUCCUCAGUUUUCCAAAGUGCUCCACCUCUGUCAUCUUUGGAAAAAGAUAAAGACAUUGACUUUGACUUGCUACAAGACCUGAUGGAUGUUGAUAUUGAUCCUUUAGAUAUUGAUUUGGAAAAAGAUCCUCUCGCUGCCAAAGUCUUUAAGCCCAUAAGCAGCACCUGGUAUGACUACUGGGGGGCUGAUUACGGCACGUAUGGUUACAACCCUUACAUCGGAGGUGUUGGGAUCCCAGUGUCCAAACCAGCAACGAUAACUGAGAAGCCUGGCUCCACCAGUUUGUCGGUGUCUGUGUCGCAGGCUCUGGACGCUCGUCUUGAAGUGGGUCUGGAGCAGCAGGCCGAGCUGAUGCUCAAAAUGAUGGCGACCCUGCAGGCGGACUCCAUCCUGCAGGCGCUCACGUCAAGUUCAUCCCCAGGGAGUCAAUCCUCCAACGGAACAGACGACUCUUUGCUUCGAGUUCUCCAAGGUGGAGGCUCUCCUCCGGGCAGUGCCCUGAUGACCCAGCCCUCUUCCAUCCCUAUCCUCAGUUCCUGCUUCAACAAGCUCUUCUCCAUGCUGCAGGUCCAUCAAGUACAGCUGGAGUCGCUGUUGCAGCUUUGGUUGACUCUCAGUCUCAACACGUGUUCCAGCGGCAGUGACGACAGCGGGUCGGACAUUUUCCUUUUCAACGCCAGCCGCAUACCCACCAUUCCACUAAACCAGGGCUCCAUCAGCAGCUUCCUGUCGGUGCUGGCGUGGUACCCCAACACAUCCCUGAGAACCUGGUGUCUGGUGCUGCACUCCCUCACCCUGAUGAGCAACAUGCCAGCCUGCGCCUCCAACAGCGGCAUGAACUCCCAGGAGAGCACAGCUCAGCAGAUGGUGUCUGACCCCACGCUAGUUCAUGUUUUGGUGCGUUUCCUGUCCGGCGGGAGCACCAACGGGACGAGCCAUCAGAGCCCGCAUGUGGGACCCACUGCCACCCAGGCCAUGCACGAGUGUCUGAGCCGCCUGCAGGUCCACCUGUCCUCCACGUGUCCCCAGAUGUUUAGCGAGUUUUUGCUUAAACUCCUGCACAUCCUGUCCACUGAGAGGGGUCCAUUCCAGUCAGGCCUGGGCCCGCUGGAUGCUCAGGUGAAGCUGCUGGAGUUUACUUUGGAGCAAAAUUUUGAGGUGGUGUCCGUGGCAACCAUCUCCUCCGUCAUCGAGUCCAUCACAUUCUUGGUUCACCACUACAUCACCUGCUCAGACAAGGUGGUGUCUCGCAGCGGCUCCGACAGCUCUGUGGGAGCCCGGGCGUGCUUUGGGGGUCUUUUUGCCAACAUAAUACGGCCUGGAGAUGCCAAAGCUGUCUGCGGGGAAACCACCCGGGACCAACUGAUGUUUAACCUCCUCAAGCUGGUGAACGUGCUUGUGCAGCUGCCGCUGUCCGGAGACCGAGAGUUCAGCGGCCGAAUGCCACCUGUGGGCAGCGGGGCAGCCGAAAGCAGCGUGUCAGAUGAGGAGAAGGUCUGCGGCAGCAAAGAAAGCGUGGCUGGAGGCUCUGCGUCCAGCCAGGGUCCUUCUGCAGGUGUGGCAGACCUGGUUUUGGCCAACCAGCAAAUCAUGAGCCAGAUCUUGUCGGCCCUGGGUCAGUGCAACAGCAGCGCCAUGGCGAUGAUCAUCGGAGCCAGCGGCCUCCACCUGACCAAACAUGAGAACUUCCACGGUGGUCUAGACGCCAUCUCAGUGGGCGAUGGCCUCUUCACCAUCCUCACCACCCUGAGCAAGAAGGCCACCUCGGUUCAGGUUAUGCUGCAGCCUAUCCUAACUUACAUGGCCUGUGGGUACAUGGGCAGACAGGGGUCUCUCUCCACCUGCCAGCUCUCCGAGCCUCUCCUGUGGUUCAUCCUCCGAGUGCUGGACACCAGCGAAGCUCUGAAGGCCUUCCAUGACAUGGGUGGAGUGCAGCUUAUCUGCAACAACAUGGUGACCAGCACAAGAGCCAUUGUCAACACGGCUCGCAGCAUGGUGUCCACCAUCAUGAAGUUUUUGGAUUCAGGUCCUGGAAAGACGGCAGAUGGAAACCUUAAAGCCAGAGUUAUGACUUCCGAACCUGACAACGCAGAAGGACUCCACAACUUUGCUCCUUUAGGGACCAUCACAUCCAGCAGCCCAACAGCACAGCCAGCAGAGGUGCUCCUCCAGGCCACUCCCCCUCAUCGGCGGGCCCGCUCGGCAGCCUGGUCCUACAUCUUCCUGCCAGAGGAGGCUUGGUGUGACCUCACCAUUCACCUUCCAGCAGCCGUGCUCCUUAAAGAGAUCCACAUCCAGCCUCACCUGGCUUCCCUUGCCACCUGCCCAUCAUCUGUUUCCGUGGAGAUCAGUGCAGAUGCGGUCAACAUGCUGCCCCUUUCCACGCCCGUCAUCACCAGCGGGCUCACCUACAUCAAGAUCCAGCUGGUGAAAGCUGAGGUCGCAUCUGCUGUGUGUCUGCGGCUUCACCGGCCUCGGGAUGCCAGCACCCUGGGUCUGUCCCAGAUAAAGCUCCUGGGUCUGACGGCGUUUGGAAACACCUCCUCUGCAACGGUGAAUAACCCCUUCCUCCCUUCAGAGGACCAAGUCUCCAAAACCAGCAUCGGCUGGCUUCGUCUCCUCCACCACUGCCUGACCCAUGUCGGUGACCUGGAAGCCAUGAUGGCCAGCGCUGCCGCCCCCACAGCAAACCUGCUGCAGACCUGCGCCGCCCUGCUCAUGUCCCCGUACUGCGGCAUGCACUCUCCCAACAUCGAGGCGGUGCUGGUCAAAAUUGGUCUGCAGUCCACAAGAAUUGGGCUGAAACUCAUCGACAUUCUCUUGAGAAACUGCGCUGCCUCCGGCACAGACCCUGCCAAUCUGAACAGUCCUCUUCUGUUUGGGCGUCUCAACGGCCUCUCCUCCGACUCCACUAUUGAUAUUCUGUACCAGCUUGGGACCACGCAGGAUGCUGGAACUAAAGACAGGAUCCAGGCUCUGCUGCAGUGGGUUAAUGACUCCUCCCGUGUUGCAGCUCAUAAAAUGAGCGGCCCCAUGGGAUUUGCCAGUCCUGGCUUCACCCCUGGCUCCUCGAGGGAGUAUGGCCUCCUCAUGCCGUCUCCUUCUCACCUUCACUGUGUGGCGGCCAUCUUGUGGCACAGCUACGAGCUGCCGGUGGACUACGACCUGCCUGCGCUGCUCAGCAGGGAGCUCUUUGAACUGCUGUAUAACUGGUCCAUGUCUCUGCCAUGCAACGUGGUGCUGAAGAAGGCUGUGGACAGCCUGCUGUGUUCCAUGUGCCACAUCCACCCCAGCUACUUCUCUCUGCUCAUGUCCUGGAUGGGCAUCGUCUCAGGGCCCAGCGCCAGUCACUCUCAGGCCCAGCAGCGCCGCCUCGCCAUGACUGACGAUGGCAAAAAGCAGCAUGAUGCUCACGCGAAUGCCGCAGGACUGACGGACGACUCCAAACACGCUCGGCCUCCUGUGAAUCUGUCAGAGUCACAGUUAACCACCCUGGCAGCCGCGGCCCAGUCUCCAGGAGCAAUAGAGCAGUUGCUGGAGUCAGGCCUUCCCUCCCUGCUGGUUCGCAGUCUAGUCCAAUUCUGCACAAGUCUCCUGGUCAGCGCUGACCUCCCAUUACCCGCCACUCAGAUGGAGAGGCGCCACCACCAACACUACUACUCGUCUUCCCAGAGCCGGCCACCUCUGGCAGGAGAGCUUGCCGCCCCGGUGCUGCGUUUCCUCACUGAGGUCGGAAGCAGCCACGCCAUGAAGGACUGGCUGGGGGGGCCGGAGGUGAACCCACUGUGGACGGCGCUGCUCUUCCUGCUGUGCCACUCUAGUGCAAGCACUGGCUCCGGAAACAGCGGGCAGCCUCAAAGCGCCGGAGCUGCUGCAGGCCCACCUUCAACACAUCCUCACCUCUCAGGGUCAAGGUUCUUGCUGGCAUCCUCUGGGCAGACCGGGGGGCUCACCACACAGCAGAGGACGGCUCUGGAGAACGCAACGGUUGCCUUCUUUCUGCAGUGCAUCUCCUGCCACCCAAACAACCAGCGACUCAUGGCGCAGGUUCUCUGUGAGCUCUUCCAGUCUGCUCCUCAGCGAGGCAACGUUCCUGUUUCUGGAAACAUCUCAGGUUUCAUUCGAAGGCUUUUUCUUCAGCUGAUGUUGGAGGACGAGAAGGUCACCGUCUUUCUCCAGUCUCCAUGUCCGCUUUACAAAGGACGCAUCAACGCCACAAGUCACAUGAUCCAGCAUCCCAUGUACGGAGCAGGCCACAAGUACCGCACGCUUCACCAGCCCAUCUCCACCAGCUUGGCUGAAGUUCUGGACCGUGUGUCCGAUACUCCAAGCAUAACUGCAAAGCUGAUAAACGAGCAGAAAGAGGACAAGGAAAAGAAAAACCACGAGGAGAAAGAGAAGAUGAAAACUGACAAUGGCUUUCAGGACAACUACAGCGUGGUGGUGGCUUCAGGUUUGAAGUCGCAGUCCAAGCGGGCCCUUUCAACCCCUCCAAGACCACCAUCCAGGAGGGGUCGCGUUAUGAGUGACAAGCUGACGGCUUCUUCUGGUGUGGACCCUUCAGCGAAGACCAUCAGUGUCCCUGUCUUCCAUCUGUACCAUAAGCUUCUUCCAGGUCAGCCCCUCCCACCCGAGAUGACCCUGGCUCAGCUGCUGACACUCCUUUAUGAUCGCAAGCUACCACAGGGAUACCAGUCCAUCAACCUAACAGUCAAACUGGGUUCCAAAGUCAUCUCUGAUCCCGGCCUGUCCAAGACGGACUCCUUCAAGAGGCUGCGCACGGAGAAAGCGGACCACUGCGAGAUGCUGAAUAGCUGUGGCGAGGACGAGCCCAUGCUGGGGGGCGAGGAAUGUGUGGAGGCAGCUACAGACGAGUCGCUGCUGGAGACCAACCCCAUCCAGUCUCCGCUGCAGGUUUUCGCCGGCAUGGGUGGCCUGGCUUUGAUCGCAGAAAGGCUGCCUAUGCUCUAUCCCGACGUCAUCCAGCAGGUUAGCGCUCCGGUGGUGCCCUCUACCACACAGGAGAAGCCGAAGGACAGCGACCAGUUCGAAUGGGUGACCAUCGAGCAAUCAGGAGAACUGGUGUACGAGGCCCCAGAGUCCAUCGCCGCAGAACCGCCACCCAUCAACAAACAGCAGUCGCAGUCAUCUUCGCCGUCCUCGUCCUCCUCAGUGCAGACCAUGUCGCCCAUCCCAGCACACUCGCUGGCCGCUUUCGGCCUCUUCCUGCGCCUGCCGGGCUACGCCGAGGUUUUGCUGAAGGAGAGAAAGCACGCGCAGUGUUUGCUGCGACUCGUGCUGGGCGUGACUGACGACGGCGAGGGCAGUCACAUCCUCCAGUCCCCCUCAGCCAACGUCUUACCCACGCUACCGUUCCACGUCCUUCGAGCCUUGUUCAGCAGCACCCCUCUGACCACAGACGACGGCGUUCUGCUGCGCCGCAUGGCGCUGGAGAUCGGAGCAAUCCAUCUCAUUCUGGCCUGUCUGUCAGCUCUGAGCCACCACGCCCCCCGCAACCCCAACGCCAACGCCAGCGUGUCAGAGCCUCAGAUUUCCAGCUGUCAUGGAGCGGGCACCAGUGAGGAGCAGCAACUGUACUGGGCUAAAGGAACUGGGUUUGGUACCGGAUCCACAGCCUCGGGUUGGGAUGUUGAGCAGGCUCUCACCAAACAGCGGCUGGAGGAGGAGCAUGUCACCUGUCUUCUCCAGGUUUUGGCGAGCUACAUAAACCCAGCCGGCUCUGGCGGCUGCCCCAGUGCUGACGCCUCGUCUGCAGAUGGCAGAGCCCAGAACAGCUCAGCGCUUCCCGCAGUCCUCCAGGAGCUCCUGAGCCAGUCCUGCCUCAUCCCAGCCAUGUCCUCUUACCUGCGGAACGACUCCGUUCUGGAUAUGGCGCGCCACGUCCCCCUUUACCGGGCUCUGCUGGAGCUGCUGAGGGCCAUCUCCUCCUGCACGGCCCUGGUUCCUCUGCUGCUGCCUCUGUCUGGAGACCCCGGCCAGGACGAGGAGGAGGAGGAGGAUGAGGAGCACUCUGAGGGACAAACUUCUGUUGGGAUGCUGCUGGCCAAAAUGAAGACCUGCGUGGACACAUACACUAAUCGCCUCCGGUCAAAGAAGGACAAAAGUAAAGGUGUGAUCAAAGCAGACAGCUCUGAGCCAGAGCCCGAGGGUUUGACUCUUCUGGUGCCGGACAUCCAGAAGACGGCCGAGAUCGUCUGCGCCGCCACAACCAGCCUGCGGCAGGCCAACCAGGAGAGAAAGCUGGUGGAGUCUUCAAAGAAGGCCUCCAGCCGGCCCAAACCUCUCUCCAUUCUUCGUUCUCUGGAGGAAAAAUAUGUUGCUGCCAUGAAGAAACUGCAGUUUGACACCUUUGAGAUGGUCUCAGAGGACGAGGAGGGGAAGCUCAUGUUCAAGGUCAACUACCACUACAUGUCUCAGGUGAAGAACGCCAGCGACACGAACAUCGCUGCCAGAUCCCGCCGGCUCGCCCAGGAGGCCGUCACCCUGUCCACGUCGCUGCCCCUGUCCUCCUCCUCCAGCGUCUUUGUCCGCUGUGACGAGGAGAGGCUGGACAUCAUGAAGGUUCUGAUCACAGGCCCAGCUGACACUCCGUACGCCAACGGCUGCUUCGAGUUCGACGUAUACUUCCCCCAAGACUACCCCAACUCCCCCCCGCUCGUCAACCUAGAGACCACUGGUGGACACAGCAUUCGCUUCAACCCCAACCUCUACAACGACGGCAAAGUCUGUUUAAGCAUCCUCAACACCUGGCACGGCAGACCAGAGGAGAAGUGGAACCCUCAGACCUCCAGCUUCCUACAGGUUUUGGUGUCUGUGCAGUCGCUCAUCCUGGUGGCAGAGCCCUACUUCAACGAGCCAGGCUACGAGCGCUCCCGCGGGACGCCCAGCGGCACCCAGAGCUCGCGGGAAUACGACGGCAACAUCCGGCAGGCUACGGUCAAGUGGGCCAUGCUGGAGCAGAUGCGCAACCCUUCCCCGUGUUUCAAAGAGGUGAUCCACAAGCACUUCUACCUGAAGAGAGCAGAGAUCAUGUCCCAGUGUGAGGAGUGGAUCACUGACAUCCAGCAGUACAGCAACGACAAGAGGGUCGGUCGCACCAUGUCCCAUCAUGCAGCUGCACUAAAGAGGCACACGGCUCAGCUGAGGGAGGAGCUCCUCAAGCUGCCUUGCCCCGACGACCUGGAGCCCGACGGUGACGAGUUCUCCUCAAAGAGCGCCGCUCUCAUCCUCCAAGAGCUGCCCGGUCCGGACUCUGAGAAGCCCGGCGGCAGUCAGGACGGCCACUGCAGCGAGGGCCAGCUAUGAGCCCUCCAGCCCUCAGCUAUUUCCUCCCCCUCCCAGCAUCACCCGAUAGUUACUCUCUAAAAGACUCGCCGGCUGGAGAGCGCCAGCCGCCACUUUGUUCAUAUUUGUAUGUAAAGAUCUAAUAGCCGAGAAGGAGCAGACGGACUCUGAAGCACGCUUCGCCCUGACCGAAGAGUCGACAGAAUCUUUUAUUUACCUGUAAAAGAGUGUAAACAUUUUGUCUUUUUUCCAAUUGUGAAAUAACCACUGAUUGGUAUGUUAUUAAACUUGUUUAUGUAUACAUAAAUGCAGAGGAAAAUUACAGAUUAUAUAAGGGAAACUACCUUUAGAGAAGAAUGUUUACUGAAUGUUAAUUUCUUUUGGUUUCUUUUUGACUGUUAGAGCGGACACGGUUGUAACCAAGGAUUUAUCGGGCCAUCUUUAAGGAUAUUUUAAAGCCCCCUCCCCUCCCGCCUCUGGUUAUCCUCACUUUUCUGAAUAAUCUCGGAUCAUACCCACUUGAAUAAAGGCAGAUGCUCUGUUUUCCCUCUUACAGGCUCCACAUUAAAACGCUUCACUAUGCUCUGGAUUAACAUUUGUCGCCUCUCAGAACUCCAUGACUAUUUUCCGUCGGCCCGGCUGCAGCGGCAGACUGCGUGUGUGUGUGUGCGUUUCUGUGCAACUUUCCACGGUGAGACGAAGCUGUGACGUGCCUUUGAUUGACACCACGCCUCCCAAUCCUCCGUCAGAGCCACUUUACUGGUUGGUUUCUACCGAGCUCUGCUCCGUCGUACACCAGACAAACUGCUUUGAUCUUUUUUUAUUCUGUUCAUCUGCAGUGAUCAUCAAAGAAAUGCACUUUCUAUUUUAGUCACUCGUUCAGUCACAUUCUCCUUUUGCUAGGACAUUAAAUGGAGCUUGAAACGAA